AUGAGAAUGGACGAUCCCGCUGAGAUGAUGCGCGUGCUACAACAAAAAAUGGACGAGAUGCAGCAACGUCAUGAAGAAGAGAUGGCGGCCGUAAAGGCCGACUGCGAAGCCCGGAUAGCUCGGGAGAUUGGGCGGAUGGACGGGGGAGAGCGAGUGAAGGAUAAAGGAAAGGGGGUGGAAGGAGAACGCCCGCCCCCGGAUACCGAGGGCGAUAGGACUUGGAGGCCUUCCGGAUCGGAGGCAGAAGAAAGCAAGGCUAAAUCGGUACAUGUGGAGAGCGCUGCCGAGGACGGGCGGAUGGUAGUCAAGUCGGAGCCUUCAUCCACCUUAUUACUUCCAUUCACCCAGAACAUAAUGAAUGUCCAAAUCUCGGAGCAAUUCAUGGCUCCACAGUUCAAAAUGUAUAACGGGACGACAGAUCCGGCGUCCCAUAUCCAGACGUUCUCGAACGCCAUGGCGUUCCGAACGGGCAAUGACGCCAUUUGGUGCCGAGCGUUCUCGCUCUCACUAGAGGAAGAAGCUUUGGAAUGGUUUAACACCCUCCCCCCCAAUUCAAUAGAAAACUUUACCGGCUUAAAGCAACUAUUCAUUAAACAAUUUGCGGCCAGUAGUACCCAAGACCUGACCGUAUUCGAAUUGAUGACUCUCAAACAGGGGAAGGACGAAGCGCUGCGAUCAUUCAUGGACCGGUAUCAGAAGACGGUCCGGCGCGUGAAAAGCCUGACCCCAGAGCUCGCCCUUCACUACAUCCUGCCGGCUCUAAAGCCAGGACCGUUUAAGGAUAGCGUCUGCAGGCGAGCGCCCAAAACGAUGGAAGAGUUGAGGGAACGGGCUGCAGAUGAGGUAAGGGUGGAGGAGAUGAAGCUCUCCUACAAAAAAGAAACUCAAGAAGCCAGGGAAGCAAGGACGGACGGCAAUAAGCCCGGUUCGUCCACGGGAAAAACGUCUGGUCCUAGACCCAGAGAGCAGAGAAAGGGACCUCGAUUCCCACAGUACACACCUCUGAACGCCUCGAGGGAGAAAAUUCUCCGAGAGGCCUUGAGUGCGGAAUUGAUACCGGAGCAGGAAGCGAACCCGACUCCGAAGAAUGCUAAUUGGAGCAAACACUGUGCGUACCAUAAGAAUAUGGGUCAUACCACCGAGGAUUGCUGGACCCUCCGGGAUAAGAUAGAAGAGCUCAUCCGGGCGGGAAAGCUUAAAAAAUACGUACGUGAGGAGCGCCCGCCGCAAUCAACCGAACGGCCUGCUCAAAGGUCGACGUACCGAAAGGAGAAACCGAGGAGCGCGCGAGCGGAACGACCCCGCUCAGAGAGACGACCAAGCCGAAGUCGAAGCCGCAGCCGUGAACGUCCCUUGAGGGGACAUAUCAACACUAUUUCCGGAGGAUUCGCGGGAGGAGGAUCAUCUUCCUCCGCCCGUAAACGACAUGUUCGGGCCCUCCAAUCCGUGCAUUUAGUGGACAAGCCACGCCGCUCCAUGCCACCCGUUACCUUUUCGGACGAGGACUUUCACGCCCCUAAUCCUGACCAGGACGACCCGAUGGUCAUAACGGCAGAGAUAGCGCGGUAUGGGAUCAGUAAGGUUCUGGUUGACCAAGGAAGCUCGGUCAACAUCCUCUAUUGGAAGACCUUCCUGCAGAUGGAUAUCUCGGAGGACCUCAUCGUCCCUUAUGGUGGGCAGAUAGUGGGCUUCGCGGGAGAAAGGGUCGACACUAGGGGAUACGUGGAAUUGAGAACAAGGUUGGGAACCGGACGCUCCAGCGAGGAGAAGAGGGUCCGGUACCUGCUGAUAGAGGCCAACACGUCGUACAACGUGCUGCUCGGAAGACCGUGCCUGAACGCGUUUGGGGCAAUUGUCUCUACCCCUCACCUCACAAUGAAGUAUCCCUCCGAAAAGGGAGCUAUUUGCACGGUUCAGGCGGACCAGAAGACGGCCCGGGAAUGCUACGCGGCGGGGUUAAAACUGCACGCUCGGCCUGUGAAAAGAAGGGCGGCCGGCUCCGAGGUUGCCAUGGCAGACCUCGACCCGAGGACGAAUACCGAGGACCGGCUGGAGCCCAUUGGAGAAACCCAACCCAUCCUGAUAGGAAGGGAACCCGCUCAGACCACCCUCAUCGCCAGGGAGCUGAACCCUGAAGUGGAAAAGGAGCUAAGGGCACUACUAUGGAAGAACCGGGAUCUAUUUGCGUGGACGGCAGCGGAUAUGCCGGGCAUCCAUCCCGCGGUGAUGUGCCACAAGCUCUCCCUUUUCCAGAACGCCCGCCCAGUCGCACAGAAAAAGAGAAGAAUGGGCGAGGAAAAACGGCAAGCUGUCGAGGAGGAAGUAGGAAAGUUGAAGAAAGCUGGUUUUGUUCGGGAAGUCACGUACACCACGUGGCUGGCUAACGUGGUCAUGGUAAAAAAGGCCAAUGGAAAGUGGCGCAUGUGCACAGACUACACUGACCUGAACAAAGCCUACCCGAAAGAUUCGCACCCCCUUCCCAGUAUAGACGCCCUGGUGGACGGCGCUUCUGGGCAUCGGGUACUAAGCUUCCUAGAUGCAUAUUCCGGGUACAACCUGUAA